AUGCGAGUGGUGCCGUGCGCGGGGCCCCCCAUUUUCCGCGCUGCUGCCGCUGCGUCGUCCCCCCGGGCCCGCCGCCAGGAGACUCAACGCGCCGCAGGCGCACCCCGAGUGCCGCGCGCUGCUGCCCCUGCCGUGCGUGCCGCCCGGGCCCGCCGCCAGGAGACUCAACGCGCCGCAGGUACAACCUACUGUCCCACUAUCGACAUAAAGUUUUGCGAAGCUGGGCGUGAAGUGCGAGUGGUGCCGUGCGCAGGCGCACCCCCGAGUGCCGCGCGCUGCUGGCCGCUGCCGUGCGUGCCGCCCGGGCCCGCCGCCCGGAGACUCACGCGCCGCAGGCGCACCCCGAGUGCCGCGCGCUGCUGGCCCGCUGCCGUGCGUGCCGCCCGGGCCCGCCGCAGGAGACUCAACGCGCCGCAGGUACAACCUACUGUCUACUAUCGACAUAAAGUUCGCGAAGAGCUGGGCGUGAAGUGCGAGUGGUGCCGUGCGCAGGCGCACCCCGAGUGCCGCGCGCUGCUGCCGCUGCCGUGCGUGCCGCCCGGGCCCGCCGCCAGGAGACUCAACGCGCCGCAGGUACAACCUACUGUCUACUAUCGACAUAAAGUUCGCGAAGCUGGCGUGAAGUGCGAGUGGUGCCGUGCGCAGGCGCACCCGCAGUGCCGCGCGCUGCUGCCGCUGCCGUGCGUGCCGCCCGGGCCCGCCGCCAGGAGACUCAACGCGCCGCAGGUACAACCUACUGUCUACUAUCGACAUAAAGUUCGCGAAGCUGGGCGUGAAGUGCGAGUGGGUGCCGUGCGCAGGCGCACCCGAGUGCCGCGCGCUGCUGGCCGCUGCCGUGCGUGCCGCCCGGGCCCGCCGCCAGGAGACUCAACGCGCCGCAGGUACAACCUACUGUCUACUAUCGACAUAAAGUUCGCGAAGCUGGGCGUGAAGUGCGAGUGGUGCCGUGCGCAGGCGCACCCAGUGCCGCGCGCUGCUGCCGCUGCCGUGCGUGCCGCCCGGGCCCGCCGCCAGGAGACUCAACGCGCCGCAGGAAGGUUGCAUAUCGGACUACGCGCCGUCGACCCCCCCGAUGGUUCCGGCGCUACUGGUCCACUGUAUAAACGAGGUGGAGAAGAGGGACUCAUGGAGAAGGGAAUAUACCGCAUCAGUGCCACUGACAAAGACGUAAAACGACUCAAGGAGCGGUUCCUGCGCGGGUGCGGGUCGCCGUCGCUGGGCGGCGAGGACGUGCACGUGCUGUGCGGCUGCAUCAAGGACUUCCUGCGGGGGCUCCGCGAGCCGCUGGUGACGAGCGCGCUGUGGGCCGACUUCCUGGAGGCGGCGCGCCUGGCCCAGCCCGACGCCACGGCUGCGCUCGUGCAGGGGCCCUCAGCCAGCUGCCGCAGCCCAACCGCGACUCGCUCGCCUUCCUCGUGCUGCACCUGCAGAAGUGAGCAUCCGGACCCACCACCGCUCCCUGCGGCACUCCUACCUUUAUUGCAUUGA